AUGAAUUCUCUGGGCGAGGCAAGUGGGAGGGAGGAAUUCCCUGAGGGAGGCAGUUGGAGCGGCACCACGAUGGUUGUGCGAACUGGACCAGCUUCGACACACCCAGCUUCAGCAGCUGCCGGCGUGUCGAAUGGAUGUACAGUACAGCACAGCGGUGAUUGCAAGGGCAUGCGUGUGCUGUACAAUCGAAAAAUUAUGGGGUUCUUGAAGGAACAACUCGACAAGGUGUUGGCUGUGAAGGUUCCAAAAGAUGCAUGUGCAGAUAGCGUGGACCGAUUCAAUGAGCAAAUUGCUAUUGCUGGGCGACUUCUGAGGAGACAUGCAAAUCCAUUGGAAUUCACUGACUUCUACAAAUCUGAGCAUGCGCACCAUGGGGUGAGGCACAUAUGCCUAGCCCUGAAACGGGUGCUUCAAGAGUGGAACUUGGAGGGCAGAGUGGGUCUUCAGGUCACCAUUCCACAAAGUUUUGUUCAGGCAGACAGAGAGCAUUUGAAAGAUAUCCUCCAGUACAUUUUCUGUGGUCAUAUCGGUAUUGCCAAGGUGCCACAAGCCUGGUGUUACCUUAAGACUGUGAUUGACAUGAGACUGGAGAAACUUACAGUCAUUGAUGAAGGCCAACUUCAACUCGAAGAUGUGAUUGGUGAGGGUGGCUAUGGCGCUGUCUUCAAAGCCAAAUGGGGGCAAGAGAAGGUGGCUGUGAAGAAGCCAGCCGUGGGUGUGGAAAUCCAGGAUGUUGCCAGCUUCCGCAUUGAGGCUGUUGUACAGGCUUCGAUGAGUCACGAUCACAUAGUGCACCUUCAUGCUGUCACUGUCACAGGUUGGCUGGUGAUGGAAUUGGCUGACAAAGACUUACAGGUGCUUUGCGAUUGUGAGCCCUUGUCUUGGAACCAGACGGUUGACCUCCUGCUGCAGGGUGCCUUGGGAAUAGACCACAUGCAUUCUCAAAGUCCUCCUUUGGUUCACUCAGAUGUGAAAACGUCCAAUUUUCUUGUCUUCGUCCCUGAUCAAAUGGGUGCCAAAAGAUGUGUGAAGGUCGGUGAUUUUGGGCAGACGUUUAGGCUUACAGGAAACAAGAGCAAAACCAUCAGGAGGAGGCAAGGUACCCCAUUGUGGGUGGCACCAGAGAGCUACCAUGGCAGACCUCUGACAAGAGAGUCAGACGUCUUCAGUUUAGGCGUGGUAAUGUACCAGGUGGUGACCGGAAGGAUGCCUUAUGAAACACAAGUUGGUGGUGAUCCUGAGGCCCAUAGCAUGUACAUGAAAACCCUUGGGAGGGCGCCAUGCAAGGUGGAUGACAAGGACUGUCCGCCAGAAAUGUUGAAGCUCAUGAAGAAGUGUGUUGAUAAGGAACCAGUGAACAGGCCAACGAUGGCGGACGUCGUCAGCCAUCUAAGGAAGCUGCCAGUUGACUGGGUGUACAAGGAGGAAGCAAGUGGCAGGCAGGAGUUGAAGCCAUCCCUACAAGAGAAGGUAUCAAAUGAGAAACAGGAGUUGAAACCAUCCAUGCAAGAGUUGGUAUCAAGUGACAAGCUGGCAUCGACAUCGCUUGCCCAAGAGGAGGUGCAUCCAUUCUCUCAGAUGGUGGAGUUGCGAUUCCCAGAACCUGAGUUUGCAGAUGCUGCUGGCACACCAGGUUACCUGGAGCGUAUCCAGAUUGCAAUUUCAGCACUGUUCAUGCGGCUGGCUGAGUUUUUCAACAGGGGCACUGCAGUCAUCUCUGUCAGAAGUCCACGGCAGGGGUCCAUUGUGUUCCCAAUUCAGGUUGAGUUCUCUUCUCGGCUUGCUGCUGCCCUAUUUGAGGAGAUGAUGCAGCAGCUACAGGCAGGCCUGAAUGAAGAUGGACAACAGCUUCCAUCAGUUCUGAAUCAGCCAGAAGUGACUGUAUUCGAUGGAGACUACAUUGCGAAUGCACAGGUUUCAGAACUGGAGGAACAGCUUCAGCAGAGCAUCAAAAUGAUACAGGAGGUUACAGAUGUAAAAUAUGGUGUGAAGAUGAUCGUGUUUCUGCAAAGGAGCAUUGCCCGACUUGCAGACCAUCCAAUCAGCAUGCCAAAAAAUGCAAAUGAGAAGGAAUGGAAGUGUGCUGCUGCAGUACUGCUGUACCAUCUGAAAGUUGCCUUGCAACUGGUGCAUUGGCACAGUUGUCUUGAUGUGGACAAGGUGUACAGGAGUGCAGAUACCAAAGCGGUGAUUGAGCAGGUUCUCAGUGCCAUUAAGGCGUUUACAUCCGAUUGGAGUGGGCUUGGUGCUGGGGACUGUCCUGAUAGUGUGCCGGCGGAGUGCUUGCAGAGUGACAGAGAUCAUCUGAGCAGCUACCUUGGCUAUGUUUUGGAAGGCCAACCCUGCGAUUUUGGAGAGGCUGGAGAAACUGUUAAGUGGGAAUGGGACAUUCUGAAGGACAGUUUGGAGGAACACAAGCUUGUGCUUGCUGAUGUUCCUGAGGACGAGGUUGAAUGGGGGGAGCCGAUCACUGACAGUGUGUUCAAAGUAAGAUGGCGUGGUGCCCAGUUGGCUGGAAAACAUAUCAUUCCAGCCGAUGGCCAUGACAUGGAACUUGAGGACUAUCAGAAAUUCUACGCAGCUGUGUAUGGCACAGUGUCAGACCCACGAAAUGUGGUGAAAAUUCAUGGUGCAACUAGGUCGGGGGCUGUGCUCAUGGACUUGGCAAGUACUGACCUGCGGCAGUGGUACUUGAAUCUUGUGACAUUUGAUGUGGAGGCUAGAGUUGUUUUGAAGCUCAAGGUCCUGGCUCAAGCUGCAAGAAGCCUGCACGCGGUCCAUACCUUGGGCAGAGUCCAUGGACGUGUGAAGAGCAGCAAUUUUCUCCUCUUUGGAGACGACCCAGAACAGAGUGUGGUCAAGAUCUCUGAUCUGACGCUCUCAGUUGAGCGCUGGCACAAGAAGUGCCUUCCCCCACGUUUGGCUGGGCAUUGGAUAGCUAAGGAGGUGUAUGAGGGCCAAGUCCCCAGAAGCAAGUCGGAUGUUUUCAGCUUUGGCUGCGUAAUGUAUGAGCUAUUGAUGGAGGAGCUCCCAUAUGGAGAUGCAACUUCCGAGGGAGAGAUCAUGAUGUCCAAACUUGAGGGGAAGCAGCCUUUCGACUUAUCCAGAGAAUCCAUGAGGCAUUGGCCCAAUGAAGUCUUGCAGUUGAUGGAGAAAUGUUGCUCACCAAAUCCUAAUGAGCGCCCUUCAAUGCGAGCUGUCGACAAAUGUCUACAAAAUUGGUACCCAGGCCAACUGGAGAAGGCAGCACAUGCGAGUGGAGAGAGCAGUGAGAUAAUUGAGGUGGAGUCGUUUUGGAAUCAUCUGCCUUGGACAAAGCAGCCACCACAACUGUCUCCAUCUUCACCAUCAGGAGAACAAGCCUUGGUGGUUCCUUCCGUUCCCUUGAGGAUCCCCACAGUUCGGCGGCCCAUUCUUCCUAUUGAGGCCACGCUUGCAAGCCUGAGUGAUAGGGGCAACAAUGCUGGGAAGAAAAGUGGAAGCGAAGCGGAUCACCUUGGAAUGUGUCGAUCCGUUCACCCAGGCAGCCCGGCAGCCUCACAGCCCAUUGCCACUCUUUCAUGUUUAUCUAAUGGCAGCAACGAGUCGUCAGACAACAGUGAAUAUGCAGAUUCAGUGGAAGUGGCAGUGGAACUUUCCUAUCUCUCAGGCAGACCCAUAGGCCAAGGCGCCAUAUCCUAUCCAACGCAAACAUUGAUUCCAAAGGGCAAGGAUCUGGAUGUGGAUGAGUGCGGGCGGCGGGAGGAGCCAGGUGGUGGAGACAGUUCGUGGAAGAGGAAGGAGCAGUGCAGGGAGGGCAAGGGAGAUGAUACAACGAAGAAGCCCAAAGUCGACUGGACCGUGCGAAUGCAUAUGCAGUUCGUCCAUGCAGUCAACCAGUUGGGCAUCGACAAGGCCAUACCCAAGAAAAUACUCGAGCUGAUGGGCGUGAAAGGGCUUACCAGAGAAAAUGUUGCAAUGCACCUGCAGAGAUACCGCCUGUACUUGAAGAGACUAGGCGUGAUAGGUGCUGGGAGGACGUGUAAUAUCCCCAUAGUGCAGGUGCCCCACGCCGGCAGCGAUUCACCCGAGAACGCCCUGGCCUCGGCACCCUUGGUGAUACCAACCCCUGGGGCAAUGUCUGCACAGCUGCCAGGAGCACCUGGCUUUUUUGGGUCCAUGCCUCAGUGGCGAUAA